AUGCGGGGCUCGGACAAUGGCCAGAAAGAGAGGGGCAAAAAGGACGCAGAGCAGAGGGAGAAUUUUGUGCUGAAGAGAGGAACUAGAUCCAGCUGUGACGGGAGGGAGGAGGGACAGGAACGAGGAGGAGGUGGAGGAGGAGAAGGGGAAGAGGAAGCACUGAUGCGCCAUUACGCACAGAGACGAUCAAACUUCUGGGCAAAUGCGCACCCUACAGGCGAUAUGACAUCAAAGCAGCACAUCAAUAUAAUGAUCACAAAUUUUUAUUUUUACGUGAUCCAAAGAGGCAAAAAAAUUCUGAUGACCCAGAAGCUUUGCCUGGAGGGUCAGGUGUACUCUGUGCCUCUCAUCCAGCCAGACCUGAGGAGAGAAGAGGCUGUUCUUCAGAUAGCAGAUGCAUUGUUCUUCCUGGAAACCAUCUCCACAGAUAUUUUCAGGAGGGUGUCCGAGAGUGUGGAAAAAAAUCGCUGCCACCUGCAGAGUGUCACCGACAGGAUUCGACUGGUUCAGGCUCGUGUUGACAGGAUCAAAGGCAGUAAAAAAGCCACCAAGGUUUUCUCUAGUGCCAAAUACCCGGCCCCAGACCGACUCCAAGACUAUUUGUCUAUCUUCAACGGAGCCACGGACCCCUCGACACAAGCCCGUCAGCAACAAAGGAUACAUAAUAAGCUUCGGCCCUUUGAUGAGAAGACAUUACAGGAGAAGCUGGUGUAUUUCCCUGUUUGCAUAGGCAAAAAGAAGAAGUUGGAGGAUGAGACGGAAGAAGGGCUGGGCAGCCUGCCCCGCAACAUCUCCUCCGUCAGCUCGUUGUUGCUCUUUAACACCACUGAAAACCUCUACAAGAAAUACGUGUUUCUCGAUCCUCUGGCGGGAGCUGUGACCAAGACGCACACGACCAUCACGACUGAAAAAGAGGAUAAGCCUUUUGACGCGCCGCUGUCUAUCACUAAGAGAGAGCAGCUCGAGAGACAGACUGCAGAGAACUACUUCUAUGUACCAGACUUGGGUCAGGUGCCCGAGAUUGACGUGCCGUCGUACCUGCCUGACCUGCCGGGCAUUGCCGAUGACCUGUCCUACAGCGCAGACCUGGGGCCUGGCUUUGCUCCGUCCGGUCCAACACAUAGCAUUCCCGAGCUUCCGGCCUUCUCGGAGGAGAGCGGUGGUGAGAUGCAUCCUAUUGAUCUUCCUCCUCCCCCACCCCCUCCACCGCCGCCCCCACCACCACCGCCUCCUGCACAUGGCAUUCCUGCAGGACCACCUCCUCCUCCACCCCCUCCGCCGCCGCCACCUGCGGAAGCCACAACAGACGGUGUCCAAGGUCCUAGCUCAGGCCAAGUGGUCGGGGCUCCCUGCGAGGUGGUCCAGCCCUCAGACGGCCGCGCCAGCCUCUUGGAGUCCAUCCGCAACGCCGGCGGCAUCGGCAAAGCCAAGUUGCGCAACGUCAAAGAGCGCAAGAUGGAGAAGAAGAAACAGAAGGAGCAGGAACAAGUUGUAGCAGCAUCCAGCGGUGGCGACUUUAUGUCUGAUCUCUUCAACAAGCUUGCCAUGCGAAGGAAAGGUAUUUCUGGCAAAGGUCCGACCGGUUCGGAUUCAACUGAGCCCCUUGCCGGUACUGGAGGAGCGUUUGCAAGAAUGUCCGACGUCAUCCCGCCACUUCCCACACCGCAGACGACGACAGACGAUGCAGAUUGGGAAGUCUGA